AUGGCCGACACGCACACCUACGAGUUCAACGUCACCAUGACCUGCGGCGGCUGCUCCGGCGCCAUCGACCGCGUGCUCAAGAAGCUUGACGGCGUCGAGAGCUACGAGGUUUCCCUCGAGAACCAGAGCGCAAAGGUCGUCACUGCGCUGCCCUACGAGACGGUCCUGACGAAGAUUGCCAAGACUGGCAAGAAGAUUAACUCUGCGACGGCCGAUGGUAUUGAGAAGUCGAUUGAGAUUCCCGCUGCUGCGUAG